CGACUCGACUCGUUUUCCGCACGGAACACUAUCCGGACAGGACCGUAAAUAAAUGUACGGUGGUAUCUCCGUUCCUUCGGUGUGUCAGAGCGGAUUCAGCCACUUUCGAUGACUAAAAUAACCUCCGGCGGACUCAGAGCCGUGGAGUCAGUCUGUUUCGCAGCCGCAGAGUGAGUGGAUCCGGGGAUGGAGUGGUGUCGGCGGGCAGGAGGAGUCAGCGGGCUGCUGUGCUCCAUGUCUCUGCUCUGUGUCCUCCUGGACAUCCAGCUGGACGGCGUCCUCGGGGCGACUCAAGCCGAGAUCGAGCACCACUUGGAGAUGGGCCGCAAACUUUUGGCAGCUGGUCAGCUGGCUGAAGCCUUGUCCCACUACCACUCAGCUGUGGAGGGAGACUCUAAGAACUACCUGACCUACUACAAACGAGCUGCAGUGUUCCUGGCAAUGGGAAAAGCCAGAUCUGCUCUGCCUGAUCUGACCCGAGCCAUCCAGCUGAAGCCAGACUUCCUGCCUGCCCGGUUGCAGAGAGGAAACAUCCUCUUGAAGCAGGGAAACACACAAGAGGCCAGAGAGGACUUUGAAACAGUGCUGCAGCGCUAUUCAGACCACAAAGAAGCCGAAGAGCAGCUGAUGAAGGUGAACGAGCUGGAGGAGCUGCAGGAGGAGGCCCACGCCACGUACCACCAGGGGGACUACAGCGCCACAGCCUCCAUGCUGGAGAGGGUUGUAGAGAUAUCUCCGUGGGAUCCGGAGACACGGGAGCUGCGCGCCGAGUGUUUCAUUCGAAUGGGAGACCCGCAGAAAGCCAUCCUGGAUCUCACGCCGGCCGCGAGGCUGCGGAACGACAACCGCGCCGUCUUCCUGAAGCUCAGCCUGCUGCAGUACAGCCUCGGAGAGCACCACGAGUCACUCAACCACAUCAGAGAGUGUUUGAAGCUCGACCAGGACGACAAGGACUGCUUCAGCCACUACAAGCAGGUGAAGAAGCUCAGCAAGCAGCUGGACUCUGCAGAGGAGCUGAUUCAGCAGGAGAGCUGUGGAGGACUACCAGGAGGCGAGGGAGUUUGACGGCGACAGCAGCUCCAUCAGAGAGGGGCUGGAGCGAGCGCAGAAGCUGCUCAAAAUCUCCCGGAAAAGGGACUACUACAAGAUCCUCGGCGUCGCCAGGAACGCCAACAAGCAGGAAAUCAUCAAGGCGUACAGGAAGCUGGCGCAGCAGUGGCACCCAGACAACUUCCAGUCGGAAGCCGAUAAAAAGGAAGCGGAAAAGAAAUUCAUCGACAUCGCGUCCGCUAAAGAGGUCCUCACCGACCCAGAAAUGAGGCAGAAGUUCGACGAAGGCGAAGAUCCUCUGGACCCGGAGAACCAGCAGGGCGGCGGCGGAGGGCAGCGGGCGUGGCCGUUCCACUUCAACCCCUUCGAGUCCGGCGGAAACUUCCACUUCAAGUUCGAGUACAACUAAAGAGGGGGACUCAACGGGGGAGACGUCUUCUCCAGAACCUGGACUUCAACCUUUUAAUUUAAAAACGGACUUCUCACCACAGAAACUGUGGUUUGAGCAGUGGUUGUGUUUUUCUUUUUCUUUGUGCCAUUCUUAAAACCUGAACUUCUUUAACGCAGAAAGUUGAACAUCAGCACUUUUUUUUUUAAAUCCCUUUCCUGCUCGCAGUAUUCUCCAGAGGAGAGAAAACGAUGCGUAUUUUUACCAACAGGUCCGUUCAGCCGAGCGUCACUCGGUCACAUCAGACGUGUGAAUGUAAACUUAUUGAAAUCCUGUGG